AUGGGCGACUUGUUCAUGAAUGGUACUCAUGAGCCUUUGGAGCGCCCUCUUACGCCUCCGCCAGGUCCCCCAGCAGAUAUAGCUCCUCCGCCGCCACUAUUGGAUAUGAUGGAUGCUCCUCCUCCUCCUACCGAUAUAGAACCUCCUCCGCCACCUGAGGAGACUCUACCACCACCUCCUCCGCCAGUUGAGGAAAUUGCGCCUGUUGUGAAGAAAAAGAAAGCGGGCUGGGGCUCAUCUGCUGCGGCGAAACCUCUCAGUGUUGAGGAGCUAUUGCGAAAGAAGAGAGAAGCAGAUGCGGCUGCUUCGAAGCCCAAGUUCCUGUCCAAAGCUGAACGUGAACGGCUUGCUCUAGAAAAACGCGCCAAAGAAGUCGAAGCUGAGCGACGAGCGAAGAUCGAACAAAAUCCAAGUACAAAUGGCUCCGGAGUCAAUGGUACAACGCCAGAUGAUAGAAAUGGUAGCAGAGCAGAGGAUUCCCGAUCAGCUCCUGUUCCCACCGGUCCACGCGCUAUGCGCAAUACACAACCCAACAAGGACUACGACUUGGCGCCACCAGCUCCCCCGAAACGUAUCGCAUUUGGUAAAGACGACUCGAAGGGAGGUGGCAAACGCGUAUCAGAGGCAGAGGCAGAAGCCGAGUUGGUUCGACAGCGAUAUAUGGGUGCGAACCAGACGUCCAAUUUCUCCGCGAAGAAAAAGAGGAAGCGUACUACAGAGAGGAAAUUUAACUUUGAAUGGAACGCCGAAGAAGAUACGAGUAAGGAUUAUAACCCGCUAUAUCAGAACAGAGCGCAAGCGAAUUUCUUUGGACGAGGCCGACUUGCUGGUUUCGGUGAAGAUAUGGCGGACGACGCUACGAGGAGAUACGUUCAAGCCCUGGAAGAUCGCGAUCGUGAAGCAGGCUCUGUUCGGGCUCGGGAGAUUCUGGAAAUGGAAAGAAGACGGAAGGAAGAAAGCAGCAGGACUGCAAUUGAUAAACACUGGAGUGAGAAGAGAUUGGAUCAGAUGCGCGAGCGAGACUGGCGUAUUUUCAAAGAAGACUUCAAUAUCAGUACCAAGGGUGGCAGUGUUCCAAACCCGAUGCGAUCGUGGGAGGAAUCUGGUCUCCCACGACGGCUGCUGGAUCUUGUCAAACAAGUUGGAUAUACCGAUCCGACACCAAUUCAGAGAGCAGCUAUCCCGAUUGCUCUACAAUCUCGAGAUCUUAUUGGUGUUGCUGUAACGGGUUCCGGUAAAACAGCGUCAUUUCUACUUCCACUGUUCGUCUAUAUUUCCGAAUUGCCCCGGCUUGACGAAUUUGAAUGGCGGAAAAACGAUGGUCCAUAUGCUAUCAUCCUCGCACCCACUCGUGAGCUGGCACAACAGAUUGAAAUUGAAGCUAAAAAAUUCUCCAAGCCUCUUAAUUUCAACGUUGUCAGUAUUGUUGGUGGUCAUUCUUUGGAGGAACAAGCAUAUAGUUUACGAGAUGGUGCAGAGAUUAUUAUUGCCACUCCUGGGCGUCUAGUCGACUGUUUAGAACGACGAAUGUUGGUUCUGUCACAGUGUUGUUAUGUCAUUAUGGACGAGGCAGAUCGAAUGAUUGAUCUUGGUUUCGAAGAACCAGUCAAUAAGAUUCUUGAUGCACUACCAGUCACAAAUGAAAAACCAGAUACUGAAGAAGCAGAGGAUGCACAAGCAAUGAGUCAACAUGUUGGUGGACGAGACAGACGAUACCGACAGACUAUGAUGUAUACGGCAACUAUGCCGUCGGCUGUGGAGCGAAUAGCACGGAAAUAUCUACGAAGACCCGCUAUCGUCACGAUCGGUAACGUCGGUCAAGCCGUGGACACAGUUGAACAGCGCGUCGAGUUCGUUGCAGGUGAAGAUAAGAGGAAGAAGCGCCUUGCCGACAUCCUCAUGUCAGGACAAUUCCAGCCCCCUAUUAUUGUUUUCGUCAACAUCAAGCGAAACUGUGACGCUGUUGCCAAGGAUAUCAAACAGAUGGGCUUCUCAUCUGUUACGCUACAUGGUAGUAAAACCCAGGAACAGCGUGAGGCUGCAUUGGCCUCGGUACGGAAUGGCAGUACAGAUGUACUCGUUGCUACGGACUUGGCCGGACGUGGUAUCGAUGUGCCUGAUGUCAGUUUGGUAGUGAAUUUCAACAUGGCGACCAAUAUUGAAAGCUACACGCAUCGUAUUGGACGUACUGGUCGUGCUGGAAAGAGUGGUGUUGCCAUCACUUUCCUGGGCAACGAAGACGCCGACGUUAUGUACGACCUCAAGCAGAUGUUGAUGAAAUCACCUAUAUCGCGAGUUCCCGAGGAACUUCGCAAGCACGAAGCGGCACAAUCCAAACCGACCCGUGGCGGAGGAUUCUCCAAACAAAAAGCAGACGAAGGAGGAUUUGGUGGCAAGGGUGGUGGAUGGUAGUAGACAUGUAUUAUAUCAAUAAUAUCGCACAAUUUAUGAGUCC